AACGACUUUCAAGUGCCCAUUAAGAAGAAUAUACAAUCUGUCCCUAUUGUAUAAUCAGAAGAUUUAAAAUGUUAAAGAAAUCAUACCACCUGGCAUUAGCAGGGGAAAUGAAGAGGACAGAUAACUUUCUCUGUUGUCUACGUUUCCACUGUCAAAGUGCUCAUGCACCCUCUUAAUGUUAAAAACAAGUCAAAACUAGUUUCUACAACAAAGAAAAAACCCCAAAUUUGACUUAGUGUAUCAACAAGUUUUAAGUUCGUAAUUUGAUUUCUGGAGCACAAAACUUUCUCUGACUUUAGCGUCCUCCACUUACUUACCCGCCAUCAAUUUCCAUCUUUGCCCACACAUUAUACGUUAUCCGUUUUUCCCUCUCCUCUCCCUCUCUAAGCUCCACCUUCAUUUCCAUGGCUGAUCAUUAAUGGGUUUUUUCACUACUACCAUCACCAGCAAUUCCAUGCAAAAUCAUCUUCUCUCCCUCUAUUCUACUAAGUUCCCAUCAUCAAACCCAUUACCCACUUUCAAAAUCACCUUCUCUUAUUCCUCUACACCCACUCGUCGUAGGUUUCACAAGCCUCAUCAUAGUCUUAAACGCCUUACCUUUCGAAAAGUUCAGCUGACUAGAAGAAGGCCAUUGGAACAGAUUUUUGAGGAAGUCGAGAGUGCUAAGAGAAGGUAUGGGAAGUUAAAUACGAUAGUUAUGAAUGCGGUGAUGGAAGCUUGUGUGCAUUGCGGGGAUACCGAGUCUGCUCUUAAGGUGUUUGAUGAAAUGUGCAAGUCAGGAAGUUCUGCGGUUGAUGGUGUCUUUUAUGGGACUCUGUUGAAGGGUUUGGGUGUGGCUAGAAGAAUUGAUGAAGCAUUUCAGAUAUUGGAAUCAGCGGAAAUGGGUACAGCUGUUGGAAGUCCAAAGUUGUCGGCUCCGAUGAUAUUUGGUCUCUUAAAUGCUCUAAUUUCAGCAGGAGAUAUACGCCGAGCUAAGGGUCUUCUAGCCCGCUAUGGUUAUUUGCUUCAUGAAAGCUGCAAUCCUUCCAUCUUGGUAUAUAACUUAUUAAUGAAGGGAUAUAUAAGUGCUGGCUGUCCUCAAGAUGCCUUGCCUGUGCAUGAUGAAAUUUUGGAGUUAGGAUUAACCCCUGACAGGCUCACCUAUAGUACUCUGAUAUCUGCAUGUGUGAAGACUGGGAAAUUGGAUGCUGCAAUGCAAUUCUUUGACGAAAUGAAGGACAAAGCACAAAACUUUAGUCGUGCCAAGCUUUAUCCGGAUGUUGUCACUUACACAACAUUACUUCAGGGCUUUGGUGGUGCCAAGGAUCUCCUAUCAGUUCUGAAGAUUGUCUCUGAAAUGAAAAUGCAUCGGAAUUUAGUUAUUGAUCGAACUGCGUUCACAGCAAUGGUUGAUGUGUUGCUAAACUGUGGUUCCAUGAAUGGCUACACAAAGUGUAGUUGAACUUCUACUUCUUUCACUUCUGACGCUAGCUGUCACACCCCUCUCCGAAUUACUUUGGUAAUGCAUCUUAGUAUCUUUGAUUAUAUUCACUUUAGAAUUGUGCUUUAAGUUAGUUAAGUAAACCAACCUCUCUAAUUGCUUCUUAUUGUUACCUAAUCAAUUAAAUUUACCUACCAGACAUGUAUUUAUAAGCAUACACAACCUGCUGUCCAUUAAACAAACUUAUAUGACAUCUUGUUGU